AUGGCGGCGAGUAUAACACGUGGUGUCCGCGUUCGCGUCAGAGCUACAUAUUUCGACGAAAAUGAUGGCCAGAACACCUGGAGUCGCAAACAUUUUGGUGAUAACUACGAUAUAAGUUAUUGUUGGGGUACUGUAAGAAAGGUAGAAAACAACUAUGCUAGGGUGUAUUGUGAAAUUAACAAAAAACUUUCAUUGAUGCCCGUUGGAGUUCUGAUUGCUGAUAUCGAAAACGAUCAUUUAUUGGAAGCAAAUACCAAUGAAGAAAAUUGA